AUGUCCCAGCCAAAAGCUGAAGAUGCUACCCUGCGAAACAUGUGUCCUACAGCCCAACGCAUGUUUGACAGUUUCAUUUGGGCCACCCAAGCGAGAUACCAGCUCAAUACUGAAGAGAUGAGCUGGUUUCAUCGGGUAGUAAGUGAUAGGUUUGUCGAGGACUUCAGCAUUCCUUACCGAGUCCGCAACUGGAAGCCAAAUUGGGAUCGCACUAUGGAUCUACAAACAAUCGAGAGACACAUACCAACUCAUGUGUUUACUGCGGAGAUGAGCUAUAUGGUAUGGCAGCGAGUUGCUGCCCGGCUGAUGAGUUUGAAGGAGAAGCUCAGUGAGGUCAACACAUUUCCAAGCAUCAUGUUGGUCAAUUACGAUGGUCAAACAUUGCCCAUCUUGAUACUUGCAUCAACAAGUGUUGAAGGCAAUGAACAGUGGGAAGUGCUGUUGGCAUCCAGCAGCACUCCAAGCAGAGAACACAGACGGCCACAACCACGCAAAAUGGAAUCGCCAAUUAGGCAGAACGCUUCGAUGACCUCAUCCCCAUCCCCACGGAAGAUGCCUGACCCUUUGGCCAUGCCUUCAGCUCAAGAUAAGGGACUUCAUGCUGGUGAACUUGCCACAUUGGCUUGCAAACUCCAGAGUGUCAGCUUUGACAUUACUCCAGCAGGCACACUCACAAGCCCUGCUAAAUGUGUUUCAUGGCUCAUCCCCACCAGUCUCCCCACCGAUUCUUCUAGCCUAUGUCAUAUCCAUCCCUGGCCAUCGACUUCUGCUCCCUCCAAUCCCUCCAGUCUACCUCUGCUCCUUCUUCACUAA